CUCCAAAACAAAGGGCUGGCGGCCCGCGGGGCGGCGGCGGCGGGAGGAUGCCUCGCGCCCUGCGGAGGUGCCAACGGCCGCGGCGCGCCCCGGGUCGCGCCGGGGCCGCGUGAGAACCGAGCCCGCGCUGACCGAGGCCCGGGCCGGAUGGGCGCUGCGGGCUGGGGCGCGGACCGCCGAGCGGCCGUUGCGGCGUUUUUCUCUGGUCCCGGCUGUGUGGACAGUGCCACACGCCUCCUGACCCACCACGGCUCUGGCGUGCGUGUUCCAGUGCUGCUUCUGUGAGAGAGCCCCGCAGAGCCGCCGCGCCUUCGGCGCCAGCCCCGCGCUGAGCGAGGAGAGCCCCGCAGACAUGGUGAAGAUGACCAAGUCCAAAACUUUCCAAGCCUACCUGCCCAGCUGCCACCGGACGUACAGCUGUGUCCACUGCAGAGCCCACCUGGCCAACCACGACGAGCUCAUCUCCAAGUCCUUUCAGGGAAGCCAGGGGCGCGCCUACCUCUUCAAUUCUGUGGUGAACGUGGGCUGCGGCCCUGCCGAGGAGAGGGUCCUUCUCACCGGCCUGCACGCUGUGGCAGACAUCUACUGUGAGAACUGCAAAACCACGCUCGGGUGGAAAUAUGAACACGCCUUCGAGAGCAGUCAGAAGUAUAAGGAAGGGAAAUUUAUCAUUGAGCUUGCCCACAUGAUCAAAGACAAUGGCUGGGAGUAAAGCGAAGACUUCCUGUUCUCUUCCGAAUCCUGUUUUGCGAGAGACUUGAAUGGAAUGGAAACAUAGGAGCGUCCUGGAUGACUAUUUCUUGAACUUGAACCUUGCAAGCCUGCCUCUUCCGGCCGCUCCCGUGGGUAAGGCUCCAUUUGGUCUAUGUCCUCUUCAUGUAUGUGGUCGUUUCAGAAAUGUUCCAAUGACCUUUUUCUCGUGUCAAGUUCCAGAGAAAGAAUUAACCAACCGAUGGCUGAUCUGUCUAGUUAAUACCUUCUUUAACUCUGACUUUAAGACCAAGUUUGGCUGCUCUUUCACAUUUGACAGAAACAAGCCGAAUCUACAGACCACAGGGACAGGGUCUCUUUGGAGAGCAGGUUCACCCUGUUGUUGAGAAGGACAGUGUUACAGCCCACUUCUUUCUAAUUUGCAAAAUUACAAAUUGGUUAUUUCUCUUGCAAAUGAGCUGUUCAGUCGCAGUGCUCAUUUCAGAACAUUCCAGAAGCAGUCAAAUCUAUACACCGAGGGUGUUUUUUUAGCCUUGCUCAAAACCAGAAGACACCAUGGGUAACAUUUUACGUAAGCUAGAAAUAGAGAAAUGUGUUUAAUGGAACAUCCUGUUUGUUUAAGCCAAUAGCCUCCUUAUCUAGGAAGCAAGUGAACCAGUUGUUAGCAGAGACUGACCCAGGGCCUGCGGGCAGCUGUGCCAGGGCCAAGUCCCGGACCCAGGCUCCGGAGGUGGGGCCGACGUGAGGCAGGCACUGAGCGCUGGUCCAUGGAGUACCAGUUUAACACACUGGACCGAGUAAAUCGGACUUCCUUUUCUACUCUGAUGUACUUGAAGAAAAAUAAUUAUUUUUGCAUAUGAAAGAGGCCCGAACUAACAGGAUAAACUUUCAAACUUGAGAUUUGGUAGACUGUUUUUAAUGUUUUCAAAAAAGGUUAAAGUUGCAAGACAGGUUUAAACUUUGUAAAUGAGAUGUUUGGUUUGCUCAGCGGGUCACCCUGCCUUGCCUGGCUCUGUCCCAUGGGCUGUCACAGAAGGGCCUGGGCAGUGUCCUAGGUCCUGAGGAGCCGCCACUGGUUUUAAGUUUUGACCCACCCAUGCUUCUGCAAGGAGUGGGCACUGCACAGGUUUUGGCCAGUUUGUAAAGAAUUUGGGUCAAAAAUGUUCCCAAAUAAGUUUUCUGUUUCCAUGUUCAAACCCGACUGCAGCCUGCGGGCCGCCUGCUGCUCAGGGGUGCGGGCGGCCUGUGUGGCACCGUGGCUGAGGCUCACCGCAUCCCGGCGCCAAGGGCAGGAAAGGGGCCCGGGGCAGCAGGGAGAGGAGAGCCGUGUGCCCGGGCGCUUCUCGGCCUGUAGGCAUGGUUAGUCCAGUGGCAGCGAGCAUGAGCCCUGCCCCGACGCCAGCCUCCCCUUAGCCCAGAGCCCUGGCCGUGCAGGCACCGGGCUCCCUGCCCGGUUCUGGUUCAGCUGCUCACCUGGAGCUUCCCUUUGGGCGCCAUCUCUGCCUGAGUCUCGAAGCCUUGGAACACGGGGAACGUGGCAGCCGGACAGCAGGGUGGCCGAUGCCCGAGGAGCCUCUGCCGCGUAGCUUCGGCCGAAGGACGGUCCUGGUCCAGCUGUGGAAGCCUCUGCACGCGCAGGUGCUCCAGCUGGCGCUGCUUCUGAGCUGGCGCCCAGAGGUCUCGGCGGCCCAGCACGGCCGUGCACCCAAGGACGGGGUUCGGCUGUGCAGCCUCAGGCCUCCCGCGAGCAGUGGCACGUGAAACGGCAAACACCUGCAGCUGGUCCUUAGGGGACCCAUGGAGGGACCGAGGGAGCCUUCCGA